AUGAGCAUCGACUUUGGAGCGAUAUCUGCCUUGCUGCUUCUUAGCUUGAUCAGCCUCGGACUAUCUCGCGCAGAGCAUAUCAAGCAGACAACAAUCAACGUUGCAGACAUCAAGGCGGGCUGCGACCAUUUAGCAGCACGCUAUGAAACAUGGUAUGGAAACAACAAGAAGCAUGGAGCUGCCAAGAGUAGUGGAAUCUAUGGGAGUCUGAAGCUGGCUUCACCUUCUUUUCCACUUGCCGUCCAUCAGCGGGGCACAAUUCUACCGCUCAACGCUGUGGGCGGAUAUCCCAAGAUGCUUGGUCAAACCUACAACGUUCAGGUGGGCGUAGGCACGCCUGCUCAAUUCUUUAACUUGACGGCCGACACAGGCUCGAUGCUCACUUGGGCGGUGCAGGCUUCAUGCAAAAUACAAGACUGCCCUGGAGUCGGUGUCAAAAAGACGUACAACCCCGCCAAGUCGACCACGAGCAAGGAACUAGGUAGUGAUCACGAAGCAUAUGGAGAUGGCGAGAUAGAUCUGACGCUUUACACCGACAUGGUAAGCUUGGGAAACAUGACGAUAAAGACGGCUACGAUCGGAGGCGCAAACAAAACAUUUGAAAGGGACAGCAAGCUCGAACACGACGGCCUUUUUGGACUCGGACGAAGAGUAAAUGCGGCUCCAGAACCGGUGCUAGAUAGCCUGAGCAAGGAGAACAAUUCUUUCAUCCAGACCAUCGCGCUGGACUUGGGUAUCCAGGCGACAUUGGAGAUCGGCGGAUACGAUUUCGAAAAGUAUCCCAAGCUAUUACACAUCAACGUAGACAGUGACGAUGGUUGGCUGCUAUCGGACAGCAGUCUGACAGCUCCAGGCGCUGCAGCGACCGACUCCGUGGACUUGCUGGUGGAUACCGGAUCGUCGGUCUCGAUGUUACCUGCAUCACAAGUGGAUGCCAUCAUGAAUCGGACAGGUCUCAAUGUGAAGAAAACGACAACAGAACCGAUCGUGUAUUCGAUGCCGUGCGAUACCAAACUAGACAUAGACAUGAUUUUGUCGGAUGGCACAAGGAUUCCCGUCAAGGAUUCGGACAUCUUGAUGCAGAGCAAUGAUGCCACGAUGCCAGGUUGUCUGAGUCUGUUGGUUGGAACCACAAACCCUUUUCUGCCAUCCGUAGCGGGCACGCCUAUGCUCAGGAGCAUCUACACGGUGUUAAGCAGGACCGAAUCAGGUGACUGGAUAGGGCUCGCGCCGUUAUUGUAG